GGGGUUUUAUACUCCGCUUGUGACUGCUCGACUCUCACACUUUGUUAGACUAUCUAGGAAACGAGGAUCGAAUCAUAAUGUCUGGAAGAGGAAAGACCGGGGCCAAGGUCCGUGCUAAGGCUAAGACCCGCAGUUCUCGUGCUGGCUUGCAGUUCCCAGUUGGUCGUGUACACCGUCUGCUACGAAAGGGCAAUUACGCCGAAAGGGUUGGUGCUGGGGCUCCCGUCUAUUUGGCAGCAGUGCUUGAGUAUUUGACCGCUGAGAUCUUAGAACUUGCAGGAAAUGCUGCCAGGGACAACAAGAAAACCCGCAUCAUCCCUCGCCACCUCCAGUUAGCUGUCCGUAACGACGAGGAGCUGAACAAACUUCUUGGCGGUGUUACAAUUGCCCAGGGCGGUGUCCUGCCGAAUAUUCAGGCCGUCUUGCUGCCGAAGAAGAGUGGCCAGGCUGCACAGACCACAGGCAAAGGGGGAAAGAAGGCUCAAUCUCAAUCCCAGGAGUAUUAAACCUACAAAUGUAGUCAUUCAAACCAAAGGCCCUUUUAAGGGCCACCCUUCCUCUCGAAAAGAACUUACAAAUCCUUGUAAUUUAUUUUCUUUCUUGAGUUAUCACAAGGUAAAGAAAUACAAAUAC